UGAUGAAAUAAUCAAAUUAAAAUUUUAAAAAAUAAAGUUUAUUUUCGGACUUCGCUCGCCGGUCUCCUCUGUUCGCUUCCAGCUUCCUGGUUCCAGGCUUCAAGCCUCAACAAACUAAAAAAGCUUGAGGCUCUAACAAUGGCAAUUUCAGCGUCACCAAUUUCCUCUACACUACGCGUCAACACCAACUCCUGUCUUGCCUCUUCUUCUUCCAUUCUCCCUCUCUUCAACGUUUCCUGCAACUCUGCCAUUCGCCUUUCAACCAUUGUCGUCUGCUCUCAGAAAUCAGGAAGUGGAUUGAUUAGGGGAGAUAAGAAAGCGUUAUUCGAACGAUACGGUCUUGAUCCUAAUGAAUUUUUAUCAGAACCCUCUUCUAAGUCUAUAAGGAAAAAGGAAAUGCAAAAGAGAGGAAGAGGAAAACAAAUCCCUGAAGAGGAGGCUAAGGCACCAAGGACCACGCAUACUUUGCUUCAGGUGCUUGGAGGAAAGGCUAAAAGGAAGAAAUUGCUUUCGCCAGCAGGAAUGGAUGUGCGGCCAAUGAUGGAAGUCGUAAAAGGUUCUGCUUUUGAUAUCUUGCAGGCAGCUGGUGGCUGUCCUGCAUCCUUAAGGCCAGGCUGCUGGUUAGACUUGUACAGUGGCACAGGAUCUGUUGGUAUUGAAGCUAUUAGCCGAGGAUGUUCUGAGGUGCAUUUUGUUGAGAUGGAUCCCUGGGUUGUUUCAAAUGUUCUACAACCAAAUUUGGAGUCAACUGGGUUUCUUGAUGUUUCAGUUAUACAUACGGUUCGAGUUGAAAACUUUCUAGAACGGGCAGAACAAUUUUUAGGAAGGCAUAGAAAAUUUGAUUUCAUUAGUGUCACACCUCCGUAUAUGGAAGUUGACUAUGGGAUACUAAUGGAUCAAAUUUCAAAAUCAACCCUAGUUGGAGAAGAUACAUUUAUCGUGGUGGAGUAUCCUCUAAGAACUGAAAUGAUGGAUUCGUGUGGAUGCCUUGCAAAGAUAACUGAUAGAAGAUUUGGUCGGACACAUUUAGCAAUUUAUGGACCCAAGUGGGCUCAGAAGAAGAAAGUCAGAAAAGCCAAUUUAAAUGGCUGGAGAAGUUUGAGUCUACAAGCUGGACGUGAAUAGUAUAAGUGAUGCUUAAAAUGGUUUUGCAUUUUCAUAUAUGCUGUCAAUAUAGGUUGCAGUAUUCAUCCUUGUCUACAGAAGACCACAUGAAACCAUCUUUAGUGGUUCUUAGGUUCAUGUAUCCAUUAUUUUGUUAGAAUGGACUGCUUAAUUUUUUUUGAUAAUAUUUAGAAAAAGCCUUGGUGUAUCAAGCUGAUGUUUCAUAAUUGUAAGGACCUAAACUAAUUCUAUAUUUAAAUGAAUGAUUUCAAUUCAUAUUCUAUCA